ACAAACAAUAUAUGCAUGGCUAUGUGUGCCUCGAUUUUUAAUUGAAAUUAUUUCACCUAAUCAAAAUGAGUUGUGAAGAUUUCAGAGAAAGCAAUGAUACAGGAAUGAAGAACAAGAAGCACUUCGUUCUGGUUCAUGGAGCAUGCCAUGGUGCUUGGUGCUGGUACAAAAUUCUGCCUCUUCUCAAACUGAAAGGUCACCAUGUCACUGCUUUAGACCUUGGAGCUUCUGGGAUAAAUCCUAAGCAGCUAAGUGAGCUCAAAUCCUUUUCUGAUUACGUGCAGCCAUUAAUGGAGUUCAUAUCCUCUCUUCCUCAAGAUGAGAGUAUAAUCUUAGUGGGUCACAGCUAUGGCGGUCUUGGCUUGGCUCUAGCUAUGGAGAAAUUCCCUGAGAAGAUCUCAGCAGCAGUUUUUGUCACAGCAUACAUGCCAAAUUUCAUUGAUCCACCAGUAACUCUAGUAGAAGAAUUCUUCAGGAGAACACCACCAGAAUCCCUUCUAGAUUGCGAGAUAACAGUCCAGGAAGAACCACCAAAUCUGCCAAUAUCAGCAACUUUUGGGCCACUGUACCUGGAGACAACGAUGUAUCAGAACUCUCAAUCAGAGGACUUGGAAUUAGCCAAAGUGCUACUCAGGCCGUUCAAGUUUUUCAUGGAAGACUUGGCCGAGCAAUCUCUGCUAACUGAAGCCAAAUAUGGAUCGGUACAACGAGUUUUUGUAGUUUGCAAAGAAGAUGAAGUAAUGAAACAGGAUUUCGUGCAGUGGAUGAUCGACAACAGCCCAACUGAGCAAGUGAAGCUUAUUGAUGGAGCUGACCAUAUGGUCAUGCUCUCAAAACCAAAAGAUCUCUGUAAAAUUCUCCUGAAAGUUGCACACAAUUAUUAGUCAAAUCUGGUGUUCUCUUUUCUUUGAAAUGGAUAAUGAUAAUCAAUAAAAUAAUAACAUGUACUUAUAACAAGAAUCACAAGUAUAUGAUCGUUAAGUUGGUUGGCCAGCAGAGGGGAGGUUUCGCUCCUCUCUAUUAGUCUAUUGUGUAGUAUAUAAUUUUGGAUGUGGGUUUUAGGGCUGAGCAUUCGGUCGGUUCGGUUCAAAACCGAACCGAACCGAAAUAACCGAAAACCGAAUUGCAGUAUUUUACAUAAACCGAACCGAACCGAAUAAGAGGGAUAACCGAAUCGAACCGAUUUGAUUCGGUUCGGUUCGGUUCGGUCGGUUCAAUCGAUUGAACCGAUUUUUUAAAAAAAAUAAUAACAGUUAACAUAAUCUAGAAUAGAAUACUUCACGGCCAUGAGUUUACAUCAACAAUCAAGAGCAGAGCACACACUUGAACAAUCAAUAACACAAAUUCAACAAUCAAUAGUACACAAAUUCAACCAAGAGUACAUAAAUUCAACAAUCAACAGCAAAUCACAAAUAUUUACUUAGCUUCUACGGUUGACUCAAGUUCAACAGCACGCCGUGGCACUGGCAGGCAACCAUGUCCGACACAACCGAGGGCUGGAGGCGCGAGUGGCACUCUUGGUCCCGGAGUCUGGUCCACGAACUGUGAAAGGCUCAAGGCUGGAAGCGCGACACAGAGACUCGGAGAGGACUGAGGGCUGUGGAAUAAGCACGACCAAAUUGCCGACUGCCCGAUGAUGCGUGGAGAGCCAAUAGAGAGCAACGGCCGACGCCGAUGAUUGCGUGGAAAGAGAGACUAAAGAUCGGUGAAGAUCGACGAUGGUGAAUCAGUCCAGUCGAGAGGAGAGUGGAGGCACAUCACAUGCGCGAGAAUCUCGCGACGAGAUGCGUGCGUGGCUCUACUACUCAGAAAGAGACCGGAGGCUGGACGGUGGACGGUGGACGGUGGAUGGUGGAACCGCCGCUGGAACUUGGAUGGAACUCAGAGGCGAGGCACGUUGAGAGGUGAGGGCGUUAGGUUUAGGGGUGGGUGAGCACAGAGAUAGAGAUGCACGCACGGAGAGAGAAAUUUGUUUUAAAUUUAGGCAAAGGAAGGGAAGGGAAGGGAAAUAGGGAAUUAGGAAACUACUCAAACGACGUAGUAUAAGUGAUUUCGGUUCGGUUCGGUCUAAUCGAAAUUUUUACGUCUAAAACCGAACCGAACCGAAAUCACCGAUUUUUUUAAAAUUUCAAACCGAA